CUUACGUCACACCUAACCUAACAAUUGUACAAAUGUGAAUUAUUAACACAAAAUUAAGAAUGAAUAUUCAAAAAUUAGUCCUGACGAAGGGUAGUUCACCACUUUUCGAAUUCUCUACUAAAUUGUUAUCAGUUCCAGCCGUCUCCGUUUUGCAAUCAUGCGGAAUGAAACAUUUCCCGGCGCCCCCAACUUACGACCACGUCGAAAUCCCGGAGCGCCCCAAACUAAGGUUCGUAGACAAAGUUCCCUACUAUGCUCCAGGUAUCAAAGCGCCGAAAAUGCAGAAAAAGUUGCGUCUGAUGAGGGGCCCCGAGCCUGUGCACAACUUCCUCAUUCAUAAACAAUACGGAAUUAUGGCUUUAGGGGGUGGCCGGUUAAAGUGGCAACAUUUUGAGAUGAUGCGGCUCGCUAUUGGUCGAAAAAUUGACCCGCAGAGGAUGUUCGCAGUGUGGAGGGUCGACUCACCCUGGCAGCCCCUCACCCGGAAGGGUCAGGGGCAGCGAAUGGGGGGAGGCAAAGGGGCUAUCGACCAUUAUGUAACGCCAAUUAAAGCAGGGCGGAUUAUCGUGGAAGUGGGGGGUAAAUGCGAGUACAAAGAAGUGGAAGGUUUUUUGCGGGACGUUGCCAUGAAGCUGCCUUUCCAAGCGAUGGCCGUGUCGCAAGAAAUAAUGGAUAAAGAGAAGAAGGAGGAAGAAUGGAGGGAGAAGAAUAAUCAGAAUUACUACACGAUGAAGUACGUGAUGCAGAAUAAUUUGGGUGGGUGUCAGAGGUGGAUGUCGCCGUUCGAUUUUAAGUUUCUAGGGAAAUAUUUGUAGUUUAGUUGGAAUAAAUAAAGCGAAUACAGUUACAAA